AUGGCUAAAGGUCAAGGUCGCGGAAGCACAGGGCGUGGAGGUAAGUCUGCAGUUAGGAGUAAUAAUGAUGUUAUUGCAAACGUACCUACUGUUCCCACUCCUGCUAUUGUUACUUCUCAAGCUGAUGUCAUAGAUAUAACUCGAGGAAGAGGUACAGGUCGAGGAAGCAUAGGGCAUGCGGGCAAGUCAGCAGCUAGGACUAAUAUGCCUAUUCGUACUGCAAAUAUACCUACUAUUCCCACUCCUACAGUUGUGCCACAAACAGCUGGUAGCGUAGGUUCUCCAACUUCUAAUCAUGGUAGUACAUCUCCUACUACUCCAAAUCAGACCAACCCAACAACUAUAGGUACGUCUUCACAAACCAACCAAGUAGGUGAGAACAUAUCUCAUAGCAACACAAAUGGAGAAAGUAAUUCCAGUUGGAGCCAUGUGCGGACCCUUGUUACUAUAACUUCUACAGGAUUGCAACCUUCUAAAGCAUGCUCCAAUAGGAUAUACGAGUUUUUCAAAAGUGAACUUGAUCACAAUGGAGUCAAUUGGAAAGGUGUCUCAUGUGACAUAAAAGAUGGCUAUUUUGGGGAAUUCAAGAAACACUUCUAUUGGGAUUCUUCCAUUACUGAUGCUGCAGUAAAGAAACACCAGCAGAGUAAGGCAGCAACUGUGUAUAGAAAUUUCAUUGCUAAAAUCAAAGAUAAAUUGAUUAGGCAAGAUUUUAUAAAUGAAGAUGCUGCUGAAAUGGGUCGAGAUCCGACACCAAAAUCUGUUAUUGAUCAAAUUGAAGCAUAUUACCAAGCUGCCGGAGGAGAAAAGAAGCGAAGAGUAUUUGGUCUUGGAUUUGAAGCCAAAGGCUACUACGGCCAAACUUUGUGUAUUUCUUGUGGAAAAAUUUCAUCUUUAGCUUCACAUGAAUCGGUACCAGCUGCAGAUUCGAAUUUGGAUGAGUUUGUGAAGCGAUUGAUUUCCGCACUUAAAAAUUAUUUUUUUCCUAUUGUCAUUGAAGAGGUACAGAAGUUGGUUUCUUCACGAUCAGUUGUCACACAUCCGGCUACUCCUUUGGACGAUCUUGAUUCCUUAAAUGAUGAUUGCAAUGAUCUUGAUCAGUUGUGA